AUGACGAAAGAAUCGUCGUGGCCGUGGCAAUGGGCUGCAAGCCCCACCAAGGGCCCAAGCUCGAAUUGUGAGGGUUAUGCUCUGUGGAAGUAUUUGAAGGAGAGAAUAUUUAUAGAGAUCGAGAAAAAGUCGUUUGAUGCGCUGUACGUGCACACCGGAGCUCAAAGGUGCAAGAACUUCCCCGGAAUCUUAGCCGUCCGAUCAAUCUACGAUGCCAUCUCGAUCGACGUCCGCCAGAAUCUCGAAGCCGUGUAUUUCCUCCACCUCAGCCUCCAGGCCCGCCUCUUUCUCACCACCUUCGGCCGCUUCUUUUUCACCAACGAGGUAUACGAAAAGCUAAGGUACGUGAGCAGGCUCGAUUAUUUGUGGGAGCACGUGAGGAGGAGCGAGAUUGAGGUGCCUGAUUUCGUGUACGAUCAUGAUGAGGACUUGGAUCACCGUCCGAUGAUGGACUACGGAUUGGAGAGCGAUCAUCCAAGGGUGUACGAUGCGCCCGCGGUUGAUUCUCCUGUGUCGAUGUACUCCAUGAGAUGCAUCUCUUAGCUAGUCGUAAUAAUUGAGAAGUUGUUUUUUUUUGUUCUUCUCGCUUUGUUACAA